CUUUUUUCACGUGUGAAAUUUACGACACCCUCCAGAAAGUCUCCGUUUUAAUUUGUAAAUUUUAUCAAUUUACCCAACUCAAAUAAUUAUCUAUAUACACAGUCAUAACUUUAAGAUCUUGGUUCAAUCAAUGAAUUCUAAAAAACAAUUUAUUUUAUGGUUGUUUUGGUAUCGUAAAUCAGUCGUCCGGAGGUCGUUCAAGGUCACCUCAAGUUUCAAAAUGUUUGUCAAGUUAUUCCGAAAAUGUGCAGGUUCCUGCAGUUUUAUUGGUGACAAUAUCAAACAGGUGUUUCGUAAUUAUUCUGCUGAAUCCCAUGAUGGAGCAGGGCUUAUAUAUAAAGAAUAUGGCGAUCCUAUGAAAGUUCUGAAAAAAGUUGACCAUGUACUGUCAAAAUCUACACAAUCCCAUCCCAUGGAAGGACGAGUGAUAGUCAAAAUGCUCGCAGCUCCUAUUAAUCCUGCGGAUAUUAACAUGAUCCAGGGAACGUACCCUGUCAAGCCAUCCCUUCCUGCUGUUGGUGGAAACGAAGGUGUUGGAGAGGUAUUGGCUGUCGGAGAUGAUGUUACGAGUUUCAAAGAAGGCGACUGGGUUUUGCCAUCCAGCCCUGGUUUCGGAACCUGGAGGACACAUAUGAUGUGUAAACCAUCGCAGUUGAAGCUUGUUGCCAAUGACAUUCCUCUAAUAAGUGCAGCAACUCUGGCUGUAAAUCCUUGUAGUGCAUACCGGAUGUUGAAAGACUUUGAACAUGUAGUUCCAGGUGAUGUCAUCAUUCAAAAUGGUUCAAACAGUGCCGUUGGUCAAGCCGUGAUUCAAAUUGCAAGUGCAAUGAAAUUCAAAACCAUCAAUGUUAUUCGUGAUCGUGAUCAACCUGAUAUGGAUGCACUUAAAAAGCAUCUGAAAUCCCUAGGUGCCACUAAAGUUAUUACUGAAGACUUUGUACGCAAACCAGAAAUGAAGGACUUGGUAAAAUCUCUCGGUAAGAAACCAAAACUAGCUUUGAAUUGUGUUGGUGGAAAAAGUGCAACUGAAUUAGCGCGACAGUUAGAAAAUAAUGGCACUAUGGUGACGUAUGGUGGCAUGUCUAAACAACCAGUUGUUGUGCCAACUGGGUCCUUUAUCUUCAAGAAUAUUAAACUGCGAGGCUUUUGGAUGACAAGAUGGAAUCAAGAGAACUUUAAGAAUCCAGAGUCGCAAGAUAUGCUAGAUGAGCUUUGUGAACUUGUGCGACAAUGCAAGCUUCAUCCGCCAUUUUGUAAUCUGUCGCAUAUUGAUAACUUCCAAGAUGCAAUUGCUACGGCAAUGAAACCACAAACCAACAGGAAAGAGUUGCUAAUUAUGGAUGAAAAAUAUCUGGACUGGCGAUAUGAGUAGAUAGCGUGUCUGAUGUGUUCAGAUAUGAAAAUACUUUGUAACCCGGUUCUAUGGGGUCUCUAUAGGAAUACAUCAAAUAUUUAUUUUUUUAUUUUACCUUUAUAGAUUGCCAUUAUUAAAUAAUGGAUCUUUAAGAAUUUUGUUAAAUUUUGAUGUAUACAUGUACAUGUCUUCAAAAUGUAUAUCCAUCCACUUGUUUAAUUUUGCUUUUUGCCAGAUUAACACCCGUUGUGGCAAAUCAAUGUUACAGUAUUAUUAUAUAAUAUUAUAUAAUCACAGCUGAAUAUGUUAAGAAACUUUACGUUAAAGAUCUGUUAGUUAUCUGAGGGAAUGAAUGAAGCAUAAUCCUAUAUU